UGAGACUGGCGCGCAGCUCGCUGGGAUCCCUCCCGGCCAGGGCAGCGGCCAGGGCAGCUCCGGCUGGGUGAUGGGCAGGAGGCGGAGCGGGCGGCCCGGGAGGCGGUCUCAGGGCGGGGUCCAUGACGCGCUGAGUCCGCCGGCCCCAGGGCCGGACCACAGCCUCUCCCUGCCCCAGGCCGCCGCUACGGUGGCUCGGCACCUACAACGGGGUCCUCCGACUCCUCACCGGGCUGGUCCUGCGCUGGGUUGCGGAGCACUGCAGGACUCGCACUGUUCCCUGACCAGAGAUCCCCCCGGGCCCGAGUUGCCGACAACUUUCCCCUGUCCCUGGUGCUGCGGUGGUUCGGAGGCUGGGGGACCGUGGCCGCCACAGAUUUCUGAACCCCGGGCUCCGCUUCCCAAACCUUGGCUCGGCGCUCCCGUGAGUUGCUCUCCCCGUGCCUGCACAUUAGGGGUCCGUGCUCUCCGUCUUGCAGGUGAGAUGCCCUUGGAACACAUUAUGAACCGGGAUCUGGAGAAAAUCGCCGUAGAGUACAUCGUGCCCUGCCUGCACGAGGUGGGCUUCUGCUACCUGGACAACUUCCUGGGCGAGGUGGUGGGCGACUGUGUGCUGAAGCGCGUCAAGCAAUUGCACCAGGACGGGGUCCUGCGGGAUGGCCAGCUGGCGGGGCCGCGCGCAGGAGUCUCCAAGCGGCACCUGCGCGGCGACCAGAUCACGUGGAUUGGAGGCAACGAGGAGGGCUGCGAAGCCAUCAACUUUCUCCUGUCGCUCAUCGACAGGCUGGUUUUGUACUGCGGGAGCCGGCUGGGCAAAUACCUUGUCAAGGAGAGGUCCAAGGCGAUGGUAGCCUGCUACCCGGGAAAUGGAACGGGCUACGUUCGCCAUGUGGACAACCCCAAUGGUGACGGCCGCUGUAUCACCUGCAUCUACUAUCUGAACAAGAACUGGGACGCCAAGAUACACGGUGGAAUCCUGAGAAUAUUUCCAGAAGGCAAAUCAUUUGUAGCAGAUGUGGAGCCCAUUUUUGAUAGACUGCUGUUCUUCUGGUCAGAUCGCAGGAACCCGCAUGAAGUGCAGCCUUCCUACGCCACCAGAUACGCUAUGACUGUUUGGUACUUUGAUGCUGAAGAGAGAGCAGAAGCCAAAAAGAAAUUUAAGAAUUUAACUAGGAAGAGUGAGUCUGCCCUCGCCGAAGACUGAGCGUGCUCUGAAAUCUGCUGGCCUCUUUCAUUGUAGUAACCCCCUCUCGCCUGCUCUGUAAGUUGAAAUCCAAAGAUGGCCUCUCCAGUGACAACAAGCUUCCCCUGACUGUUUGCCUCCUUCACAUCCCUGUCUUGCGUGUGGUACUUCGUGUUUUCUUGCCAAGACUGCGGUGACCGACAGAGGUGAUCUCUGCCAGAUGGACCCCCUUGGUAACUCCAGGAAGACCUACAGACGUCCUUGCUGGCCGGCGCUUUAGUAGAUAGGUUUGGUGAAAUUGGCUGCUGAAACACAAGCCUGGGAGCACCAGGAUGAAUCUUCCUAGCACUUUAUGGAUGCUUCCUGCCUUGAAAGGAGGAGGUUUGCAAAGAAACAAACAAACCAUGGUGACAGAUACCACAGAGAGGCAUUAUUCAAAUCUCAACAACAGGAAACAAAUUUAUGUCAUCUGAACAAUUUCCAGAUGUUCUCAACCCAGGGGGCUGAUGGGCUUUCAGGAGUAUCAUCACAACCUAAUGGCAUGAUUACCUCUGGAAAUGGCUGCUAUUAUUGUGGUCAGUUAAUAACUGUCCCAAGGCGUGGACACAUGUAGAUACAUACAUUCAUUUUAGCUCUUAAAAUCUGAACUUUCUGCCUCUGUCCCAUUUUCCGGAAAAUAAUGAUAUUCUGAUCAAUGGUGAUAGCACCUUUUAUUCUCUUUUUUUCACUUUUUACCGGGGAACCUAAUUCUCCCAAAGCUAACACUAGGUAUGAGUUAUUUUAUUGUGUGGUUGGAAUAGAAAUUUGAAUUUAAAUCAAAGGACAAGAGAAAUCUAUCUUGGUAGUUUGAUGCCAACCUCUGAGAAGAGCGUAGUUAAGUCUACUGAUGUCCAUACAAUAAAUGGGCAUGUCUUGAACAAUUGGAGAGGGAAGCUAGAGUUGGAAAUACAGACUUCCCAGGAUUUUUUCCCCUAGUUCUCAUUUUUAUUGAGCUCACUGUUAUUUGACAGAAUCAAAAAGUAUUGGGUGCUGUAUUAUAAGUAGGAAAUCGGAGUAAAAAAAAAAAGACUCAAACAGCUAUUGGAAUUCUUCCACGUUGUCUGUCCCUUCUGCCUCAUCAGCCCCACUGCAGGUGACAGUGUGGCAUGAAUCAUGAAACUUGCUAGAGCCGUGGAAGCAUCUCCUACUGCAGUCAGCAGAGACCUUGUUGCCUCAAGAACUCUGUGUUGAGCACCCAUUUUAUGAAACCUAGCCUUCCUACUUUGCAGUUCUACUUGUGUUUUUUUUUAAUUCUUGCUUGAAAACCCUAAGAAUAUUGAGGAGCCAGCAAUAUUUUCAUUUGUCAUGUACAGAUAUAUAUACUUUCCAAGAAAGAAGUUUAUUUUUUUUUCUUUCCUGGUUUGGGAAAAUUUCCAGAUAAAACUUAUCAUCAUUCAUUCUCACAGCUGCUCAAUUUUGUUUCACUGUAGUAUUUACCACCUUCUAACUUGUUAUGUAAUUUACUUAUUUAUUUUGUUUAUUAUCUUUUAUCCUUCCUCUUGAGUGUGAGCACAAUGAAGACAGGGAUUUUGUAUGUUUUUAAUCAAUGCAAUGUAUUCCUAGCACCUAACAUAGUGCCUGACACACAGCAAGGGCUCAGUAAAUACUUUUGAAUAAACACUGUCUCCUAUGUUAUAAUUCUAA